AUGGAGGUGUGUGUCAUUGCCAAGUGCACAUAUAAGUCGGAAACCAUCAUGUUUUCAGUUUCAUCAGACUCAUCCAUGGUUGAUAUUUUGAAGACUUUGUGUCUGAGGUUUAGGGGUUUGCAGUUGGGUUGUUUCACAUUACGGUAUUCGGUGCCCAGUUAUCCGAGUUGUUUUCUAGAAACGGAUAGCGAUUUGGACUUGAUGAGGACAUUUUUGUUGAUAUCAAAUGAGAAGACUGUUGAUAUUUUAGUGAAGGAUUUAUGCGGGAGCAGUGAAUAUAGUGGUGAUUUUUGUGUAAAUAAGGAGUUGAUAGCAUGUGAAAAGGGCGAGUCGUCGUGUUCUAGUACUGUCGAAGACAGAAAUGAGUUUUUGGGCAGGUCGAAGAGAGCAAGUGCUAAGCCUUUGUUGUCGAAUGAGUGGGAGACAUACAUACAUCAUGUGGGGCAGAAGUUUGACGGUGGUGCAGAGGAGUUCCGGUUGAAAUUGUGCAAGUACGCUCUUGAAGUAGGAUUUAAUUUUUUAUAUGCCGGGAAUGACAAGAAGCGGGUGGUUGCUGUUUGUUCGAAUAAGAAAUUGGAGGGUUGCAGUUGGCGUGUUUAUUCUUCUCGUUGUGAAGCUACUGGCAGUUUUGUAAUUCGGACGUUAAAUAAUGUUCAUACAUGUGCGGGUCGGAUACGGAAAUCAAAGAGUAAGAUGAUGAGGUCUCGUGUGGUGUCCUCCCUCAUUGUGGACAGAAUUCGUGCAAAACCAGAGCUGAAGCCAGUUGAGAUUAUAUACGAGUUCAAAGAUUAUUAUGGUAUAGACAUUUCAUACUACCACGCAUGGUUUGGCAAAGAGUUAGCUAAAUUGGACGUUCACGCUGGAAUUAAUCGCUUUCGACGGUUUUUUGUGUCUUUUGGCGGUUGCAUUGCUGGAUUUCAAUAUUGCAUACCCUUAUUGUUCAUUGAUGCUACGUUUUUGAAGAGCAAGUACAAGGGGCAACUUUUCUGUGCUUCGGGAAAGAAUGGAAAUCAAGGGUUUUAUCCUCUAGCUUUUGGAGUUGUUGAUUCUGAGACAGAGGAGAAUUCGACUUGGUUUCUUCAACAUUUGGCUUCUAUAUUGCUACCGAUGGGGAGAGUGAAUUUGAUAUCAAAGUACCCGAAGUCAGUUUAUGGGAAACUGCUCCAAGACCGUGUUAUCAAUUUAUUUAGUAGAUGCGCAUAUGCUGUUACGGAGGAAGAGUUUAAGGUAGCAAUGGAGGAGUUGGUGAUUGUUGGGAGUUCGAAAGUGAAGACAUUUAUAUCUGAUUUGUCUAGAGAUCACUAUGCCAACGCAUUUUUCAAAGGAAUGUGUUAUGGGGAGAUGGCAAACAGUUUAGCGGAGUCCUUUAAUAAUUGGGUUGGUGUGUUUCGAGAUUUGCCGGUGCUACCUUUGAUAGAAGGGAUUCGACAGAAAUUGAUGGUAUUGAAUUCUCAACGACGAAUUGAAGCGGAGAAGUGGACAACAGUUUUGUGUCCGGAGAUGGAGACUAGACUCUGUGAAAAUGCGGAGGCCGGUAGGACUUGGGCAGUUCGUCGUUCUAAUUGCACUGUUUUUGAAGUAUUUGCUUAUUAUUCUGUGAUGGUUGAUCUCGAGCAAAGGACUUGUUCUUGCCGUCUUUGGCAAAUUGACGGUUUUCCUUGCACACAUGCGGUGGCUGCAAUCCUAGCAAAGAGAGAUUCAGUUUAUGAUUACGUGGAGUGUUACUACAAAACUGACUUCUUUCGAAAAGCCUAUGAGAGUCCUAUUUUUCCUAUUCCAGAUAUUGGGAAAGGAUUGGGCAGCAAUGGUUCUGCAGCUGGAGUUGUGCUUCCGCCAAUUACAAAGAGGCCAGCCGGAAGACCACCAACAAAGAGGAUCAAAGUUUUUGGUGAAUUUAAAAGGCCAUUGAAAUGCAGUCGGUGCAGUGUUGCUGGGCACAAUAGGAAGACUUGUAAGGCUAUUAUAUGA